CAUUAAUACAUAGAGAUUGAUAGAACUUCUCAGUUGUUGAAAUUUCUAUUUUUUAUACAGGACUAUGAGUAAAUACACAUGAUUUAUCAGUCACAUUAAUUGCAUAUGCUAUCUAAGUUAUUCUGUUUCUCUAUAGUACUGCUUGUUUCAUGAUUCUUUGAUUAAAAUCCUUGAAAAUUUAGCUUUCGAUUGUGAGUUCGAUAGCAUUAAUGAAAACUUACAUUUUCUUGCAAGAUAUCUCAAUGACUAAUAUUUCCAUUAGGAUGCAUGUAGUUUCAUUAAGUCAUUUGAAAUCAAUUUUUUCAAGAUGAUUUUAUUGUACAUUUCUAUAAGCAUAUUAUUUUCUAUCAAAAUUAUAACCAACUAUAUAGUUUCAUGAUGUUAAAAUAUUUAUACUCUAAUCAACAUACAUAAAAGAUUCUAUGAAAACAAGAACUUAAAUUUAAUUUUAGUGAUCAAUCAUCACCUCUAUGUAUAUUACCAAAUCAUAUUCUUAGUUCAAUAUUUUCUAUUGACAAUCUAGAUACUUUAAUUAAUGCAUUAAAAUUAAAUAAUAAAUAUGAUCUAUAUAAAGAACAAGAUCAAUUGUAUGAAAAGGAACAUGUUUUACGUCAAAGUCGUAAUCAUAUAUUUAUAUUAUCAUCUACGGAUAGAAAUCAUAAUGAUCAAUCAAUAAUUUCUUCAUUACAUUCAUCGUUAACAAAUGGUGAUUCAAUAUUUACACAAAAUAAAAUUGAUAAAUUACCUAAUACACAAGAUAAUACUUAUCGAUAUUUAAAAGGAAAUCUUAAUGUAUCAGCACCAUUAAAUAAUUCCAAUGUAAAAGUUCAAAAAAAAAUUAAUACAACUCAAUUAUCAUCUUCAAGUAGAAAACAAAUAUUAAUUCUUUUUAAGAAUGAAAUAUCAUAUAUUUUAGAACUUGUUCCACUUCGUACUGUUAUGCCAAAACCUUUAUGUCCUUUACCAAAUCAUCCGCCAUUACCAACAAUAAUCGAUAGAAAUAAUAAUUCAGUUACAUCUUUAAAAACAAAAAUAUCUACAACAAAAAUGCCGAGUGUUAUUGUUCUUGACUGA